UGCGCAUGACACACGCGGAAACUGCCUGCAGGAACGGUUUUCUGAAAGGAAAUCCUCGUCGUGGCCAUGGUCAGUACGGUGGUCCUUACGGGCCACAAGACCCUUUUGGUCCAGGACCACAAAACCCAUUUGGUCAGGGGCCGCAAGGUCCUUUUGGACAGGUACCACAAGGACCAUUUGGACAGGGUCCGCAAGGACCUUUUGGACAGGGACCGCAAGGCCCUUUUGGACAAGGGACUCAAGGACCUUACGGCCCUGGAUAUCAGGAUACGUAUCCACCCCCGGCUAAUGUCAGUCCUCCGCCGUACGGGCAGCCGCCUGGAAUGCCCCAGGGCUUUCAAAAUCUAGGAUACCCAGGUCAAGGGCCUGGCUACCCGGGAUAUCCUGGGCAGGGGCCUGGUUUCCCUGGACAGGGGCCGGGUUUCCCUGGACAGGGGCCUGGUUUCCCCGGUCAAGGUCCAGGAUAUCCCGGUCAAGGCUUCCCCGGCUAUGGACCAAAUUAUCCAGCCCCGUCCCCUGCCCCGGGCAUUACUGACAUGGCGUGCUGCGCGUCAUGCAUGGCAUGCCUCACCUGCCUUCUGUGUUCCUGUUGUCAGGUCAGGUCAUCAUUAUCAUCAUAUUCAUCAUCAUGA